AUCAUCCCACACACAUCUACCAACCCCUACAAGACAGUUUCAGUGUCCCACAAGACCAUCUAACUACCUUAACCUAAAAGAUCACCACUUCUCUUGCUUCAAUAUAUAUCCACCAAGACUUUUACUACAUUGCACUCAAUAUCGAUCCCUUAGUAUCUUCUUUGAUCUUAAGAAGCUUCAAAUGGAGGGAGUUCUAAAGCAGAAAUUGCUUAGCAAAGAGAAAAUAUCAGAAGAAGAAGAAGAAGAAAAUGAAUUAUCAUUGGUGAAGAGGGUGUGGAAAGAGAGCAAGAUGGUGUGGACAGUGGCAGUCCCAGCCACAUUCACUAGGUUCUCCACCUUUGGUAUCAGUGUUAUAAGCCAAGCCUUUGUUGGUCACAUUGGCUCAGUGGAACUUGCUGGUUUUGCUCUUGUAGUCACUGUCCUUUUACGCUUUGCCCUUGGUAUUCUGUUAGGAAUGAGCAGUGCGUUGUCAACACUUUGUGGACAAGCAUACGGUGCAAAAGAAUAUGGCAUGAUGGGAGUGUAUCUUCAAAGAUCAUGGGUAGUUUUAUUCUUAACUACACUCUGUUUUGUUCCUGUGUUCAUCUUCACAAGCCCAAUUUUGAAGAUCCUAGGCCAAGAAGAUAGCAUAGCACAAAUGGCUGGAACCUUUUCUCUUUGGUUAAUUCCUGUCUUGUUCUCUUUUUUCAUCUCAUUCACAUGCCAAACUUUCUUGCAAUCUCAAAGUAGGAAUGUCAUUAUUUCAUUCUUGGCAUCUUUCUCAAUGAUUUUUCAUGUAUUCCUUUCUUGGCUAUUGACAAUGAAACUUAAGCUUGGGAUUCCUGGUGUAAUGACUUCAUCAAUUUUGGCAUACUGGAUUCCCAAUAUUGGCCAAAUAAUAUUUAUUACAUGUGGUUGGUGCCCAAAAACAUGGCAUGGUUUCUCAAUUUUAGCAUUCAAAGAUCUUUGGUCUGUUGCUAAACUUUCCCUCUCAUCUGGUGUCAUGUUAUGUCUUGAACUCUGGUACAACACGAUAUUAGUUCUUUUGACGGGCAACAUGAAAAAUGCCGAGGUCGAAAUUGAUGCUCUAUCAAUAUGCCUUAACAUCGUUGGAUGGGCAAUAAUGAUAUCACUUGGUUUCUUGUCUGCUGCAAGUGUUCGAGUGGCAAACGAGCUUGGAAGAGGAAACUCCAAAGCUGCAAAGUUCUCUACAAUUGUGACGGUGCUUACCUCCUUCGCCAUUGGAUUUAUUCUAUUUUUAUUCUUUUUAUUUUUUAGGGAAAAACUUUCUUCCAUAUUUACCUCAAAUAAGGACGUGGCCAAUGUUAUUGGGGACAUGUCGCCUAUGUUGACAAUCUCUCUUCUACUAAACAGUGUCCAACCUGUACUUUCAGGAGUUGCUAUUGGAGCAGGGUGGCAAAGCAUUGCAGCCUAUGUGAACAUAGGGUGUUAUUACAUCAUAGGUGUUCCAAUAGGGGUUGUGCUUGGUUAUGUUUUGCAUUGGCAAGUCAAGGGUAUUUGGAUCGGAAUGUUGUUUGGAACAUUUAUUCAAACAAUAGUGCUAAGUAUAAUCACGUACAAAACUAAUUGGGACAAGCAGGUUACUAUAGCUCAAAAUCGUAUUAAAAAGUGGUCAAAGAUGGACUCUGGUGAUGAAACAAUUACAUUAGAUAAUUAGUUUCAAUUCCUUUCCAAGAUUUGUUUCUUUGAUUUCAAAAUUAAUGAAUCUAAGCACGACUAAUUUAUUUAUUGUAAUAGUUUGUGUUGUUAGUUCAUACAACGCAGUGCAUGUUGUUCAUUAGUACGAACAAAAAAUCGUUUGAAUAGGAUCUUUGA